AUGGGUUACUGUGAUGUUCCCGUUUUAGUGCUUGUAUAUAUGCUGUAUAACAUACUGUAUGCCUGUAUGUGACCGGCACAUGAUUUUUAAAAAUGCUAGUAAAAUACCUCAGCCUAAACAGCAUGCUAGUACUGUAAGGAUUCUAAAUAAUGAAUUACAAAGACAUGACUGCGCUGCCAUUUGUUGGAAUGCAGUCUAUUUUAAACGCUCCUGUACGCACGAUGCAUUUGUUUUCUCCUGCAUUUAAUUAUCUAUAAUAUUCUACGUUAUUAAUAAUAGCGUGUUUGUCUACACAGAUGAUGGUGCUUGGGUCGUAGCAUCUCUUUUUCAUAGAAGGGCUGAAAUUAUGCACAGAACUUGCAACAGGACUCCGUUUAACAUCCCUCUCGGGGCAGCCUCUAGAUGAGAAGGGUCCACAAUGCCCCCAGGAGUGCACUGUGUACAGGAUAUCUGGGAAAAGGAGGAAAACCCAGAAAUUGAUCUUGAUUUUCUUCUGCCGACUGGGAUUUACCUGCGCUUUCCUGUGCUACGCAGCGCCACUAUCGGGACUAUCAAAAAGCAUGUCUGGAAGAGAGCCCAGACCGAGCCCCUGUUUCACGCCCUCAGCGAGCCUGAUGCCUACGUCUUCACCUGCAUCAACAUCACCGCAGAGCAGGAGGAGCUGGAGGAUGAGCAGCGGCGCCUCUGUGACGUGCGCCCCUUCAUGCCCAUCCUGCGGCUGGUGGCCCGGGAGGGGGACCGGGUCGAGAAGGUCAGCAACACCCACAUCAGCCUGCUCAUUGGAAAAGGUUUGCAUGAGUUCGACUCCUUGAAAAACCACGAAGUGAACGAGUUCCGUUCCAAGAUGCGGCAGUUCUGCGAGGAGAAAGCGAUGGACAGGCAGAGGCUAGACUGGCACGGUUGGAUGCAGUCCAACUUCCCCUGUGAGCUGGAACCCUGCUCAAAGUUGCCAGAGACCGGCUGCCUCAAGUCACGCAGCGCCAAGAAACUCAUCGUGAACGUCAAGUUCGAGUCGAGUGAUGAAAGCUUUACAUUUCAAAUCCUACCCCAAGAUAUCCCAUUAACUCUAAUGCAGUAUGCUUUAAAAAAGAAAGCCACGGUCUUCAGACAGCCAAGACAAGAAAAGCCUGAGGAUUAUACUUUAAGAGUCAAUGGACGCUGUGAAUAUAUUUAUGGGAAAUAUCAGCUCUGCCAGUUCAAAUAUAUCUGUACCUGUCUGCAUACCGGUCAGACCCCACACCUCAGUAUGGUUCAUCACACGGCGAUCAGUAAAAUGCAGGAAGAGCAGGGGGGCUUCAACAUGCAGAUCAGCAAGAGCCGCACCUUCUCCAAACCCCCUCCCCUGCCUCUCAAGAAGCAAACGAUCUCUUCCCUGUGGAUGAUGGAGGAACCGUUUAUAAUCCACUUGAUGCAAGGGAGCAGGGUGAAUGCUGACGAGGGCAUGAAGCUGGUGGUUCAGGCUGGACUGUUCCACGGAAGUGAGAUGUUGUGUAAAAUGGUAACCAGCAGCGAGGUGACUGUCUCUUCGGAGCCCAUUUGGGAUCAGAAACUCGUCUUCGAGAUCAAUAUCAGUGAACUUCCGCGCAUGACCCGUCUCUGCUUCGCCCUGUACGCUGUGAUCGAGAAAACCAAAAAGCCACGAUCCACCAAGAAGAAGUCCAAAAAAGCUGAUUGCCCCCUUGCCUGGGUGAACACCAUGGUGUUUGACUAUAAGGACCAGCUGAAGACUGGAGAUGUCUCCUUGUAUACCUGGCCAUCUGUUCCAGAUGAUAAGGGUGAUCUUCUGAACCCUAUGGGUACUGUAGAGAGCAAUCCCAACACAGACAGCACUGUGUCUCUCACGAUCCGCUUCCCCAGCUUCAGACCGCACCCUGUUUAUUACCCCUCCUCUGAUAAGAUUUUUGAACUGGGCAGGAAUGGGAAGCAUGCGAGAUCAACGGAGGAGGAGCAGCGAAAACUGAGCGAAAUUGUAGAAAAUAAAAACUAUACGGAGUUCUUUGAAGACGACAAAGAAAUUCUGUGGAAGCUGCGUCACGAAGUCCGGGACCUGCACCCUGAGAGCUUAGCCAAGCUCUUGCUGAUCACGAAAUGGAGCAGACACGAGGACGUGGCACAGAUGACCUGCCUUUUGCAACAGUGGCCCGAUCUUUCUCCCUGGCACGCGCUGGAGCUACUGGACUACAGCUUUCCUGACCGCAACGUCAGGUCCUUCACUGUCAGGUGUUUAAAAAGGCUAAGGGACGAUGAGCUCCUGCAGUAUUUACUGCAGCUGGUGCAGGUCCUGAAGUACGAACCCUAUUUAGAUUGUGAUCUAACCAGGUUUCUACUGGAAAGAGCUCUGGCCAAUAGGAAAAUUGGACACUUCUUGUUUUGGCAUCUCAGGUCAGAAAUGCACGUCCCGUCUGUAUCUUUGCGGUUCGGUCUCAUUCUGGAAGCGUAUUGCCGAGGCAGUUCUCAUCAUAUGAAAAUGUUGAUAAAGCAGAACGAAGCGCUUAACAAAAUGAAGUCUUUGAACGACUUUGUGAAAUCCAGCUCGCAGAAAACGACACAUACCCAAACGAGGGACGUGAUGCGCUUGUACAUGAAGCAGGAAACCUACAUGGAAGCUCUGACUGACGUGGUGUCUCCUCUCAACCCAAACUUCAUCCUCGCGGAUAUCUGUGCGGAGAAGUGCAAGUUUAUGGACUCCAAGAUGAAGCCCCUUUGGCUUGUCUACACGAACGAAAAAGUGCAAGGGGAGCCGGUGGGAAUCAUUUUCAAGAACGGAGAUGAUCUCCGUCAAGAUAUGUUGACUCUACAAAUGAUCCAGUUAAUGGAUGUCCUAUGGAAACAGGAAGGACUGGAUUUAAGAAUGAUUCCCUAUGGAUGCCUUUCCACUGGUGACAAGACAGGGCUGAUUGAGGUGGUCAGUAAUUCAGACACCAUCGCCAACAUCCAGCUCAACAAGAGCAACAUGGCAGCCACUGCUGCUUUCAACAAGGACGCUCUGCUAAACUGGCUAAAAUCCAAAAACCCUGGGGACGCACUGGAUCAAGCCAUUGAGGAAUUCACUCUCUCCUGUGCUGGCUACUGUGUAGCUACUUACGUUCUGGGAAUAGGAGACCGCCACAGUGACAAUAUAAUGAUCAGGGAAAACGGACAGCUGUUCCACAUUGACUUCGGCCACUUUCUUGGGAACUUCAAGAGCAAGUUUGGCAUCAACAGGGAGCGGGUGCCGUUCAUUCUGACUUACGACUUCGUUCACGUCAUACAGCAAGGAAGAACCAACAACAGCGAGAAAUUCGAGAGGUUUCGGGAUUACUGUGAAGAAGCCUAUAAGAUUCUGUGUAGGAACGGGACUCUGUUUGUCAACCUCUUUGCGCUGACGAGGGCCGCUGGGCUGCCAGAGCUGAGCUGUUCCAAGGAUAUCCAGUACCUUAAGGAUUCUUUAGCCUUGGGGAAGACUGAAGAAGAAGCCCUUAAACAUUUCAAAGUGAAAUUUAAUGAAGCGCUCCGGGAAAGCUGGAAAACCAAAGUGAACUGGAUGGCUCAUAAUGUAGCCAAAGAUAACCGAUAAACAAGAAAAUGAACCAUUCUUGGGGGGAAAAAAACAAAACAAUCCUGCCAUUUUUCUUUCACUCAAGGAGUUCAAUUCUCACGUGCAGCUAAAGAGUUAUUGAGAAACGAUGUAGAGAAUCACUGCAGCGCUUUUCACCACUAAAAACAACAAAACACAACUUCAGAAGAACAUUUACACAUGCUAUAUAUAUAAUUUGUAUGUUAUUUCUUAGCAGUCACAAUGGAGAAGUAUGUGAAACAAAAGCGGUACGUCAAAAUAUCAUGGGAGUGUUGGCAAGGUACUGCAGAGCAUAACCUUUUAAAACACGUACUGUGUUAAUAUUGUUUGCAUCUAUUGAGGAUGAUGCCAGUUUAAAUGUAGAUUGGUUUGUAAUAUGUGUUUUACUAUGAAGUUUAAAAAGCUGCCUUGAGUAGGGCAGGGUUCUUUUGAGGCAGUGCACUUUUGUUUUUAGUAAUCUAUUUCAUUUCUGCAACUGCUAGACCGGAAAAAACAAAC